CAUAUCUAGUGGACCACACGACACCGGAAGCUGUUUCAACAACACGGAUGCUGACUCAUUCAACCACCUCCGUAGCCUGGUAGCCAACAAACAACCGAAAACAUUGAAGCUCUUUGGACCAAUAUUGAUCUCGGUGUUUUUAACACAAUCCUCUUUACGUAUCUACUAUUUAACUUAAGCGUAACUUGUUUGCUCAAUUUACACAUUUGUUGAUUAUACUGAACCUAAGCUAAUCGUCAAUGCUAGCUAGCCCACCAUGAGCUCUCCAAGCUACUCUCCUCCUGCUAAAGAAGAGGUCUGCUGGACGGAGAAAGAGGGCCUGUGGCUGAACGUUGUCGUGAAAGAAGAGGGGGAAGAGGAGAAUGUCUCAGUAAAAGGAGAGGAAGAUGCUUUCAGAAUGAAAGAGGAGGAAGAGGAGGCUAUCAGUAUCACGUUUAAAGAAGAGGAAGAACCUUUUGGAGUGGAAGAGGAGGCUAUCUCAAUAAAAGAGGAGGAGGAAGACGUUUGGAGAGAUGAAGAGGGAGAGGAAGAGGAGACUGAAGAUCUGAUUAACACCAGAGAGAGACGGGACUACCGUGGGUCCUCUGGGGAGCCUCAACAACCUCAUGAUGCUGACAAGGCAGAGAAGAGUCUCUCCACAUCAGAACACCUCAAGAAACACCUGCAGAGAUCCACAGGGAAGAAACCUCACUGCUCUGACGGUGGGAAGAGAUUCACCUCCUCAGCAGGCAUUAAAAUUCAUCAGAGAAUCCACACAGUGGAGAAACCUUAUAGCUGUACUCAAUGUGGGAAGAGUUUUACCCAUUCAACCAGCCUGAUAUCACACCAGAGAACACACACAGGAAAGACAUCUUACAUCUGUAGCUGUGGUAUAUGUGGGAAGAGUUUUACUCGGCUAAGCACCCUGAUAUCACACCAGAGAACACACACAGGAGAGAAACGAGAGAAACCGUAUAGCUGUGAUGAAUGUGGGAAGAGUUUUUAUACAUCUAGCCAUCUUAUUGUACACCAAAGAACACACACAGGAGAGAAAUCGUAUAGUUGUACUCAGUGUGGGAAGAGUUUUUUUACAUCUAGCUAUCUGAAGAGGCACCAGAGAACACACACAGGAGAGAAACCUUUUAGCUGUACUCAAUGCGGUAAGAGUUUUACUCAGCUAAGCAACCUGAUAUCACACCAGAGAACACACUCAGGAGAGAAACCGUAUAGCUGUAAUGAAUGUUGGAAGAGUUUUACUCACCUAAGCAGCCUGACAUCACACCAGAGAACACACACAAGAGAUAAACCAUAUAGCUGUCAUGAAUGUGAGAAGAGUUUUAUUAGCCUAAGCAGCCUGAUGUCACACCAGAGAACACACACAGGAGAGAAACCGUUCAGCUGUGAUCAAUGUGGGAAGAGUUUUACUCAGCUAAGCGGCAUGAUAUCACACCGGAGAACACACACGGGAGAGAAACCAUAUAGCUGUGAUCAAUGUGGGAAGAGUUUUGCUACAUCUGGCCAGCUGACUUCACACCAGAUAACACACACAGGAGAGAAACGUUAUAGCUGUGAUCAAUGUGGGAAGAGUUUUGUUCAAUCUGGCAAUCUAAAAGUUCACCAGAGAACACACACAGGAGAGAAAUCUUAUAGCUGUAAUCAAUGUGACAAGAGAUACUCUAAUAAAAGGUGUCUGAUCAAACAUCAGAAAAUACAUGAAGGAGUUGUUUCAUGAUAUCAAUAAAAUGAUGUCACAAUGUAGAAUGUUUUAACAUUGUAGUAGGAGUAUUUUAAUGAUGUCACAAUGUAGAACCCUAAACGUUUGUCCCCUGUUCUAUUGAUUUCAACAUGAUAUGGAUAUUAGCCUCAGGGGGAAAAUCCAGGCUCUGAAAUGGAAGAGUACUAUUUAUGUGAUUUAACAAAAAGUGAAUACCACAAAAAGAGCUGUGUUACACUUACCACGUUGGUGACCCACUUGAAUCAAAAUGCAACACUUCAAAAUGUAGCUAAUUGUUUACCACAAGUUGUCCUCUAACCAGUGAUGUACACAUUACUCCCAGAUUCUGUGUGGUUUUUGAGCUGCUAGUUUUAACAGGACGUGCAACCUCAUCUCCCUCCUGUCACACAAUUAAUUUCAACAUGAUAUCGAUGAGUGAUGACAAAUAAGUGUUGUGUUCCUUUCUUUAGGGACCCCUAAAUUUAAAUGCUUCACUCCAGAAUGUAGCUGACUGUCUUCUGCAGGUUGUCCACUAAUCAGUGAGGUAAAAUAUAUCUCCCAUUUCCAUGUGUUUUUUUGUUGUGUUAGUUUCAACAGCACAUACAACCUGAUUUCCCCCCUAAUUGAUAUCAGUGAUUUAUUGCUACUUGUCAAAACAACAGCGUUUUUGGUGCUUGUGCAGUUAAUAAGGAGCUUGUUUAAAAAAUACAAGUAAUGUGAUUAUUGUGGCAGUUUGUGUAUAUCGUACAUUUUAUGUUUAGGUUUUCAAUAUAUCACAAACUGUUUCUGCAUAUUGGUUAUUGAUUUAGACACAUUAUAACUGUGUUUUGACAUUGGCCCACUGUUCCUAGGCCGUCGUUGUUAAAUAAAAAGUAGAGUUCUAGAAUCUAGUGAGUUUAAGGAUUCUAUAGAAAGAAAAAUGCUGCCAUUUUAAUAUUUGAGAAAUUAACCAAUGAUAUUAGGCCACUCUUGGCCAUGAUUACAGACACCUGUGUGUCUUGACGCUAUAUAUAAACGAGUCAACCCGCAGUGUCUGUGAUUGUACCUUGAUGAAGACAGCUUGCCUGUCGAAACGUUGGUAAAUUAAAUAUUUUUUCAUCUGA